UUCUGCCGGCGCUGCUCCUCCUAAUGCUCUUCAAACUCCUCCUCCAUCUCCCCCGCGUCUCCUCCGCCUUCUCCACCCUCCCGACCUCCGCCAAAUGGCGGGCCGACCUCAAGAAACGAUCCCUCGCCGACCAGGUAUCUUCCCUUCUCCUCCACCGCAACGACUGGAUCCCCCUCCUCCUGUCGAAGCCCUCCCUCCUCCCCAAACCCGCUACCCCCGACGACUUCGUCCGCCGAAUUCUCUCCAACACCCGAUCCCACCCUCGAAUCUCCCUCCAGUUCUUCGCCUGGGCGCAAUCCAAUCUCGGCUUCCGCCCCGGCCUCCGAUCUCUCUCCGCUAUGGUCCUCACACUCGUCGAAUCCUGCCUCCUCGACGACGCGAGGCGGCUCCUCGAUCCCGUCCUCGCGUCCCUCCCGUCGCAGGCGGUGAUCGAUUCCCUGGCGUCCGCCUCCCACUCUAAGGAUUCUCGUUCUAGGGUUCUCAAUUUUGUCAUGGAAUCCUACUGCCGUUCCGAUUUGAUUGCCGGUAGCUUGGAAUCUUUCAGAAAAAUUGUAGCUUUUGGGUGUCAGAUCACGACCUGUAGCUGCAAUGCUCUUCUUGAUGCUUUGUGCACGUCGGGUGGGGAUGGGAUUGGGAUGGCGCGGUGUUGUUACGCCGCUGCGAUGCGCAACGGCGCCACGGCAGAUUCUCGCACCUGGUCGCAGCUGGUUCGGCUUCUUUGCAUGGAAGGGAAGCUCGAAAGGGCCGUGGUGUUGUUGGACUCAGGAGGGCCCGGGGUUUCAGGUUAUGAUCUGGUUAUAAAUUGUUAUUGCAAGAAAGGGGAUUUCGAAGCUGCUAUUGGCCUCUUGACUAGGAUGCACGAAAUCAAUCUAAAACCAAGGUUUCGUACUUACAGUGCUAUCCUCGAUGGUGCUUGUAGACAUGGUGAUGGCCGGCUCAUGGCUUUCAUGUUAAGAGUGAUGGUGGUGCAUGGUUUCCUACCAACUGUUCCUUGCUUGGAAUACGAUCGCAUUAUUAACAGAUUUUGUGAAAUGGAGAAGAGCUAUGCAGCGAAAAUGCUUUUCGAUAGAGCUAGAAUUCAAAAUAUUGAAUUAGGGAAAGGUGUGUAUGUUAGUCUGCUCAAGGCAUUGUCCAAUGAAGGAAGGGUGCAGCAUGCUAUGGAACUCUAUGUGAUCAUGUCAGAAAAAGGUAUCAAAGUGAAUCCUAGCAGUUGUAGUGUUUUUCUUACUAGUAUUUGUAAUGGAGCGCCAUCAAGGGAAGUGGAUCAGGUGUUAGAAGAUGCCAUCAAAAGAGGGUAUGCACCUAAGAUCUCUGAUCUUUCAAAAUAUAUAGCGGCACACUGUAGCAAGGCUAUGUGGAAGGAAGCUAAUGUUCUUAUUGAUGCUGCUGUGGAAAAUGGUAUCGUGUUGGAUGCCUUUUGUUGCGACAAGUUGGUCAAGUACUAUUGCACAAACAGGCUUGUUGAUUUAGCAAUGGAAUUGCAUUAUAGAUUGAAGAAAUUGGGUGGAUAUCUUGAUUUAUGCUCAUACAAUUUGCUCCUCAGAGCACUUUUCGGAGAAAGAAGGAUCGAAGAAGCUGUCCAAGUUUUUGAUUAUAUGCAAGAAAAGAAUGUCUUGGAUAGUCAUAGUUUCGUGAUUAUGAUUUGUGAACUUUGUCAAAUAAAGGAUAUGCGGAAGGCCAUGAAUCUGCAUGAUGAGAUGUUGAAGCUUGGCUAUAAGCCUGAUGAUGCCAGUUACAAAUCUCUAAUUUCUCAUUUUUCAUAAACAAGUCAAUGGGCCUGUUAUUAUCGUCAGUGAAUUAAGAAAGUAGUUUCUGUAUAGUCUGAGUUCUUCAAAUAUUAGUUUCAGUUCCCACUAUCUGAAUGGAAUAACUUAAA